GUUUGCUGCACGUCGCGGCGGCCCACACUGCGCACUUUCCAACUGGAUCGACGCCAGCGACGAUGGUGGAGCUCGUUGUGUGGCAAUCGAUUGUGAUCGCGGUGAUGCUGGCGACGGGGUUCGGGGUGUCAGCCUACCGCCUCUUUACGAUUCCUCGCGAGCCGUACCGCGUCCAAGUGCCCCAGGUCCCCAAGAACAUCCCCUUGCUGGUCUUCCGCAUCGCCAUAUUUUCGUUCUUCUUGGUUGUGUUCUUGAUCCGCAUGGCUCAAACUAACUUGGACGACCUCUUUUACUACACGUACUGGAAUUUCACGAUCCAAACAAUUUACGUCGGGUGGGCCAUCGUGUACCAAAUCCAAAUUUGGUUCCAGCCCAAGCCCGUGCACGCGAACGGGUGGCUCAACGCCACGUUUGACGUGGCAUUUACAUCGUGCGCUGUCGUCGUCAGUGUGUACUGGUUCGUGCUGUACAAGCCUACAGCUAUUGUACCGUGGACAACUUAUGUGGUUCACGGGGUGAACCUCAUCCUGUUGCUGAUCGAGUUUGCAUUCAACGAACACCUUGUCCAACGCAACAACAUGAAGUUUGUCAUCAUGUGGCCGGCUCUGUACGGCUCCGUGACGUGGAUUACGAUGGCCACUGGAUUAAACGACAAAUGGCCGUACGACCUUCUCGACGUCACAAAGCCGUAUGCCCCGCUCAAGUGGUUUGGCAUUGUGUUUAGCCACGCCGUCUUCUUCGGCGCGGUGCUGCUUCUGUCGCUGCUGAAAGUCCGCAUUGUGGGGGAGCCAGCCCCUGCCGUCGAGUGUGCCAAGAACGACAAAGUCACGAUUCAAGUCGUGCCCAACUCGUUCGUGUAGUGUGGUGCCUCGUCGUGUCUCGUUCGAUCGUCACUUGAAUGACAAUUCGUUGUUUGUUUCAUCGACCUUGCU